AUGUGCAAUGACAUCGCCAGGUGAAGUGUGCAGUGACAGUGAAAGAAGACACGCAACUGAGGAUCAUGAUUUGAAUACACUCAUCUCGUCGGCCCAGUGGCUUUGGCAUAAUGGGCUGAAGCAAAGUAAACUCAGCUUGAGUCAGAUCCUGCCUACUAUCAGCUUUAAGCACAGUGAAGACUAUGUUCACUCUUUGGGGAAAUCUGUCUCCUCCCUGUAUAGUUGUGGAAUGUUCCCACAGUUCACCAUACAUGGAGCUGUCUACAAUAUCACAGCCUCUCAAGACAAUUUGGAGAAAGUCUGUACAAGACUGGAGAGAACAGUGAAUCAGUACCAGCAGAGGAUGAACUGGCUAACGACUGGAAGUAGGCAGCUUUUUGGUGUGAUCCAGGAGAAAAGGGUCACAGUCAUAGUAGACUUCGGAAGAUGUCCCUCGAUAGCACAUCAACAGGCCAAGAAGGCACUGAGUCUGGUAAUCCGUGAACAAGUCUCACAGAUCAACUCAUUCAAUAUUAUUCAUUCAGGCAUGCAUGUGAAUGCAUGGAGGAGGAGAGUGGUGGACACUAGUGUGGAGAAUCUACAGUCUGCCAUAGAUUGGUUGUGGGCCUUACAACCUGAAGACUCUUGUCUGAGUAACACAGCUAAUGCUCUUUUAAAAGCAAUGGAGGACAUGACUGAGGCAGUCUAUUUGUUUGCUGCUGGAGAUUUUUGGGAUGAGGACAUUACAGAUGUGCUGGGUAAUUGGCCAGUUGACAUUGCCUGCCCUGUACACACAAUAUCAUUCAAUGCUAAAGCAGAGAAAACCAUGUUGGCCUUGAAGCAUUUGUCUUUUUUAUCUGCUGGUAGGUUUCAUGCGUUUGCUGAAAUGAGUAUAUUUGUGGAUGAACUGUGUGACUCAUCACUGAAUAAAGCAAGGUGUGAGGCGUCCGAGGUUCCCACUGAACUGCUAGGCGGAGUGCCGACAGGGUGUGGAGUUCGAGAGGAUGUCUAUCUGGUCUGGAGUGAGAAAAGACAGGCCCUUCAAAUCAGAGAUCAAAUCCAAGCCAUUCUGUUAGAACUCUUCCCUCCAGAACCUAAAUCAGAAGCAGAUAUGCUGUGUAGCUGUACCUCAGAGUGUGCCCUGAGCUCCAGACAGUGGCUCGAGCUGUUUGGACUGAAGGCGCAGAAGCUGACUCCUUACGACGCUCUUGCCAGCUGUGCCUUUCACCACUCUGAUGGCGUUGUUGACAUCAAAACCACGCCAGCCGAUGAGAGUCUCCAGUCAGAUGCUGUGACAUGUAGAAAGCUGGUCAAUGCUAAGUACUGCAGCCGAUUUGUGCAUAUGCGUUGGAAGGAUGGCUCUGUGGUUCACGUCUAUGUCACCGCUGAGGAGUGCAGACAGUAUGAGGAGAAGAUGCACCAGGCAUUGCUUAUCCUACAGAAGAGAAUAGAUUGGUUGAGGAGUGGGAGCAGAGAGCUGUUUGGCAACAUUCAGGAGGACCAGCUGUAUCUCCUCCUUGAUACCUCAGAGUCUAUGCGGCGCCAUCUGCCUUGGGUGAAAGAGAAGGCUCACCAGCUCAUAGAGGAGCAGCUUUGCCAGAAGCAAAGAGUAAACAUGUUGGGCUUUGGCACGAAUUUGACACUGUGGAGGGACACGCUAACAGAGGCAGGAGGCUCUACAAACACACUAGAUGCUCUUACUUUAACCUUGGCUGAUGAGGGCACUCAAGCUGUGUACCUGCUAACAGAUGGGAGGCCUGAUCAGCCUGCCAAAGACAUUUUAGAACUGGUGAGAAGGAAGACCCCUGUGCCAGUUCACACCAUCUCCUUCAACUGUGAUGACCAUGAGGCCAACAGCUUCCUGCAUGAACUCUCCCAGCAGACAGGAGGCAGAUUCCUCAGCUAUUUCACAGACGCCGGGGACAAUUAUGCUCUUCAGAGGCCUUAUGAGAAUGAAGACCUCCAGAUUUUGGAGACAGAAAUGGAGGAAGGGAGGAGAGCCCUUGAGAGCGUCAUCAGACUCCGUGCUGAGUGUGUCCUGUUGGAUGCUUUCCAUCAUCACAAGAGCGGCACAACCCAAAGGCCCUUCUAUUACGUCAAACAGCAGUCUUUCCAAAGAAAUUCAGGCGAGCAGCAGUCCAAUCAGCUCAAGUCUGCAAGAUGUGCAGCUCAAACAAAAUCCAGCUUGCUUAGGCUCCUUUCCAGCAGUGGCAGUGUGGGUGCCAGAGCUCCACUUCACAGUGGCAAAGUCCCUGAUCAGGGUUGGCUACUUCCCGAGUCUCUGGAACUGUUUCAGACGAAUGCUGAUAAGCAGAUGCAAGUCCUUCACAGGCUUGGAGAAACAUCGAACAAAAUCAGAAGAAAAAAACAAAAGCAGAGAAAACCCAAGGCGUCUCUGGAUGUGUCAACAGCAGAGUGGUUGAAGGCCAACAGUCUGGUUGCAAAGAAGCUCACUUUAUCAGAUGCCGUGGCACCAGCUGCCAUAGCUCACGAUGCAAAAUAUGUUCCCAUGCUGGAAAAGCAUGUUUACUCAAAGGUCUUUGAUGAGGUACUUCACCUGGCCCAUAUCAGCAAAGGUGGCACACAGAGACUAACUCUGAUCAACCCUUUAUCUAUCGACUUGGAGGACUACAAAUCUAGACUGAGCAAUGCUCUGCAGGCCUUUGAGAGACGCCUGGACCUGAUUGUUUGGAGAGCCUUGCCACAGGAAGAAAAGGACAAGCUUGGCGGGGAGCCAGUGGCCUUCGGGGAGCGGCGUGGGGUCCAGCUGCAGGUCCUGGAGAGGCUGGGCUGUCCGAUAGCCCUGGAGGAGCUGCGUGAGCUGGAGGAGCAGAUCCAGAUGGGGCACGGCUUCCUCCGGCAGGCCUCCGACCUGCAGGACGUCGCCAGGCAGGCAGCCAGAGACGCAAGGGCAGCAACCACCAACAGUAGCCUUAAGGAAACACUGUCCAAAAGCCAGAGAGAAUCCCCCAAAAGACCCUUGGAUUCUCUGAGGGGUCAAAAGGUCGUUGCUUGCUCAGAGGCCAAUGGGGUCUACUACACAGGCAUUGCUAGGAAGCGUUUGCCUGGGAAGAGAGUCAAGGUCGAUUUGAGCAGCGGGACCUGUGAGGUCGUAGCCCUUGGCGAUGUGCUGACAGUAGGAGGCAGUGGACCCUGUCCUCCUUUGGCGGUAGCGGACUAUGUGUUGGUGGCCGCUGGGACAGACGACCUGGGUGACCACUUUGUGCCGGGAGUUGUCAUAGCAACCCCUCGUCGUUUGGAGGCUGCGGACAAAUUGUUCACCAUUCUCAAGUACAACAAUAAGGAGGUACACACUCUACGCAAUAAGAUCAUCAAGAUCAGCCAGGCUAGAUACCAGACCACUUGUCAUAGGCUUAGACAGCUCCACGUGACCAGAAAGAGAAAGUGACAUGUUCUUCCAAAGCAAGCCAGGGAGGGGAGAGGAUGGACAUUUGAAUGAAACUAGGGGUCAAGUUCCAAGGAGAAUGACUCCUUGUGUGACGGUUUUGUUUGAAAAAACACAACAAAGUUUAUUUGCCAUUAUUCACUA